ACCCGGAUGUGGAUGUGGUUUGUUGACAGCCGCGAGCGAGUUCCAUUUUCGGGAAAAUUUUAAUUUUGAAAGAAUCGGGUCGGCGGCGGAUCCCGAGGAUCAGAUCUAUAGUUCUUUCGGUUUUCUGAACUGCCGCUGCCCUGCCUCUCUCAAUCUGAAUCCACGCUUGGUCAAUUGAAUUCAUACAUUGAAACAAUAUGGAGAAUAUUAACUCUCUCCCAAUAUCCAUGUAGCUCCAGGUGGCGUCUCACAGCCAGCUGUGAAGGAAGCAAAGGGGACUGCCAGACAUGGCGUCAUACAGUCCCGAAUCACUGAUGACUCUAUGCACUAAGUACUGUCUGCAUAACCUGGAGAGAACCCUGUGUUACAUGCAAGACAAUGAGACGCUGAGACUCCACCCUGACGUCUUCCUGCCCAGUGAGAUCUGUGACCGCCUCGUCAACAUGUACAUGGACCUGGUAAACACAGACAAUAACUUCCAGCCACACGAAAGCUUCUUCAGCUUGUUCUCAGACCAUCGGAGUACUCGACUAACUCACAUACACUUGAGGGGCAUUCAGGAGGACAUUGUGCAGGAUCAGGACUUGGUGGCCUUUUCUAAGCAGGACCUGGUUGAACUCCGCUUGGUUAACUGUGAGAAGCUGUCAGCCAAGAGCCUGCAGACUCUAAAUAACUUUCGUAGCACAUUGGUUUCCCUCAGCCUGUUUGGCUGCAAGAACAUUUUUUAUGAGGAGGAGAACCCUGGUGGCUGCGAGGGAGAUAAUGAAAGCCUGGUGAACCCCACACGGCAGGUCCUGGUCAGAGACUUCACCUUCGCUGGCUUCCACAGGCUCUGCUUCCUCAACCUGGGUCACCUGACAGAUGGAGUGGACGUGGACCGACUCCUGCGGCCGCUGACCUCCCUCACCUCGCUUGACCUCUCUGGCAUUCAACUCAAUGACAUCCAGUUUCUGCUUCAGUGGCAGAAGCGGCUGGCAUCACUGGUUCUGUACAACAUGGACCUCUCUGAGGAGCACAUCUGGGUCCUCUUGCAACUCACUAACCUCAGACAUUUGGACAUUUCUCGUGACAGAACAUCUAGUUUUUACAAAUUCAAGCUGACCCGGAAAGUGCUCACUGCCUUCGCACAGAACCUUAAAAACCUUGUCUCAUUGGACAUCUCAGGACACCUGAUGCUGGAUAACUCUGCAAUCUCAUGCCAUGAUGAGGCACUGGGCCCUGCGAGCAAUGAGCCACAGAAGAGCAGCAUUGAACCAUUCCGUGCACUGAGGAGAUCCUUUCAGUUUUUGGGACUGUUUGACACCACACUUUGUAACCUAACUCAUAUUCCUGCCCACAAGAUAACUGGUGAAGCAAAUGAGGAUCAAAUCCUGAAUGCCAUAGAAGCUUACACUGAAUACCGGCCAGAGAUUGCAUCGCGUGCAAUAAACCAUCUCUUUGAUAUCGCACGGAUUGAACAAUGUGACCAACCGUUGCGUGCUCUACAGCUGGUGAUCUCUGCAUUGAAGUACCACAAAUUUGAUAAAAGUGUUCAGGUGACAGGAAGUGCAGCUCUCUUCUAUCUGACUGGCUCAGAUUACCGGCACGAACAAAGCAUCAAACUUCGCCGCCAGGUCAUUCAGGUGGUGCUGAAUGGUAUGGAGUCCUAUCAGGAGGUGACGGUACAACGGAAUUGCUGCUUGACACUCUGCAACUUCAGUAUUCCGGAGGAGUUGGAGUUCCAGUACCGGCGGGUCAAUGAGCUACUUCUCAGUAUCCUGAACCAGACUCGACAAGACGAGUCUAUUCAACGUAUAGCUGUGCACCUUUGCAAUGCUCUGGUCUGCCAAGUUGACAAUGAUCACAAGGAAGCAGUGGGGAAAAUGGGCUUCGUCACGACAAUGUUGAAGUUGAUUCAGAAAAAAUUGACGGACAAAGUGUGUGACCAAGUAAUGGAGUUUUCAUGGAGUGCGCUAUGGAAUAUUACCGACGAGACUCCUGAUAACUGUGAAAUGUUCCUGAACUGCAAUGGAAUGAAGCUGUUCCUCGAAUGUUUGAAUGAGUUCCAAGGAAAACAAGAAUUACACAGGAACAUGUUGGGUCUGCUGGGAAACGUCGCUGAGGUCAAACAUCUGCGACCGCACCUGAUGACCACACAGUUCAUCAGUGUCUUCAGCCGUCUCUUAGAAAGUAAUGCAGAUGGAAUUGAGGUGUCGUAUAAUGCAUGCGGCGUUCUGUCUCAUAUCAUAUUCGAUGGAGAUGAGGCCUGGACCAUCACAGAACCGCGGCGCGUGGAAGUGAUGGAUAGAAUGUGGCGAGCAAUCUCUAGCUGGGAUGAAAAUUCAAGAAGAAACAUCAAUUACAGGUCUUUUGAGCCAAUCCUACGCCUUCUCCCUCAGCAAGUGGCUCCAGUCAGCCAGCAUUGGGCAACAUGGGCUCUGUUUAACCUUACAUCGGUUUAUCCUGAGAAGUACUGUCCAUUGCUGAUCAAAGAGAAUGGAAUUGAACUGCUGAAGGGAGUGAUUGAGAGUGAUGCAGCUAGACCAGAGACCAAAGCGAUGGCAAGCGAGGUCAUCUGUUUCUGCGAGAUUUUUAAAGAGGAGCGGAUGGACACAUCCAGAUAAAGGCUGAGGACAAGUUGUCACUUACCCUCACUACUUCCUGUCAUGCGUGGCAUCAGUGUAAAUACUGAGGAAUCUUCUGUUCCGCUACACAUCGAUGCAUCAGAUGCAUUGUAGGGAGGAGCCUCUGUGCAUGACACACUGUUUCAGAUGACAUGCAGGGGAAACAUUUGGUGUUGCACAAGAAAAUGUUAAUUCACAUCAUUUUUAUAGAAUGAGACAUUAGCGUUUUCUCUCAUACUCCUUUUUUUCUCUCAUUUCCUCUGUCCCUCAUUCUCUGUUGUACUUUUACUCCCUCCAUGCUUUCUCAAAUCUCUUUCUUCUUUUCUCACUUGCCCCACUUUGUGUUUGAUCGCACUCGGUGGUGUUCUCACCACCUCUGUUAUUGUUAUCUCUCUCUCUCUCUCUCUCUCUCUCUCUCUCUCUCUCUCUCCUUUCUUUGAUCUCCUUCCCAUCAUCUUAUCUCUCUGUAAAUUGUGCUUCCAUGAUUUGUCUUGAAUCUUUUUGAUUGUGAAACCCCUCGGGCUGUGCCAGUUACUCAAAUGUCAACGGUUACAAACUUUUAGGGAAAAAAACAAACAGAAUAAUAAAUUACUUGUUGUUGAGGCACUUGUUACUGUACACAUACUGGGGAAGGGGUGUUAGUAAUUUAGUUUUUGAUGAGCUGUUGGUGAUGAGAUAACAAGCCCAGCAAGUGGUAUCCAUUUGCAGAGCAGCUGAGAAGUGUCUGAUUCCUUGGUUAGAAUGUAUGUUAAUUACAGAUCAACAUCUGCGAUUUUUGAGAUUUGUAGCUCAGGUUGAGGUUCAGGUUGUAAGUUUGCUCGCUGAGCUGGUAGGUUUGUUUACACACAUUUCAUCACCAUGCUGGGUAACAUCAUCAGUGAGCCUCUGGUGAAGCGCUGGUGUUAUGUCUCGCUUUCUAUUUGUGUCUUGGUCUCAUAAGGUGGGUGAUAUCAUUUCUGAAUCUUUUUCUCAGAGGUUGGUAAAUGGGGUCCAGAUUGAUGUAUUUAUUGAUGGAGUUCAAGUUUGAAUGCCAGGCUUCUAGGAAUUCCCGUGCUUGUCUCUGUUUAGCUUGUCCUAGGAUGGAUGUGUUGUCCCAGUCGAAGUGGUGUCCUUCCUUGUCUGUAUGUAAGGAUACUAGUGAUAGUGGACCAUGAUAGUUGGUGUUCGUGUAUCCUGGUGGCUAGUUUUCUGCCUGUUUGUCUGAUGUAGUGUUUGUUACAGUACUAGCCUGGUAUUUUGUAAAUUACAUUCGUUUUGGUGGUUGUUUGUACAGGCUCCUUUAGGUUCAUCAGCUGCUUUUUCAUAGAAGUGGGACAUAGGAAGUAAUACCAGUGUUUCACCAGAAGCUCAAUGAUGAUGUUACCUAGCAUGGUGAUGAAACGUCUGAAAACAAUCCUUCCAUCUCAGGGAGCAAAUUACUACCUAGACCAACACCUCAAUGAAAGCACCCCAACUCUAAAAUUUUCUGCUAAAUUGAUUCAAUAUAUUUGAUUUCAGAAAUAAUACAUUGGCACAGUCAAAAAGGAGCUGAGUAAUUCGGCAUAAGAAUUAAAGAACUGCCCAUACCGUGAUCAUCUCACUGCUGUGGGUUCAGGCAGUAUUGGUUGAUGCUAUGACAUAUAAUAGUCAAUGACCUGGUUUAGGUUUGUAAUUUACUGACUCAGGUUCUGCCAAUACAUAGCUAAAUGACCUAAGAAAA